CUGGGAGUCUUUCAGAGGGCUGGCACUCAUGGACCCUGGAGGGUGACCGGAUGAAGAGGAAGGAAGUCUUAACACGAUGAUGAUGAUCUUCUGUUUCCUGAAAGAGAAGGUGUUGAGGACGUGUGUUUACCGUCUGCUGUGAUUAAUCAGAUAGAAAGUAAAGAGCCCGUGCAGCGGAAUGACGUCAUUGAGGAAGGAGGAGACCUGUAAGGGCGUGUACAACAUUACCACACAUUCACUCAUUAGCACACUUUACCUUCCUGAAGCUCUCAGUACUAGAGCUCUUCCGCUGCUGACGUGACAUAUAUAAAGCUAUACAUUCAGACCGUCAGAUCCACGUGCGAGCUGACCGGUGACAGUGAUGGAUUAUUGAGCUGAUUCGGUGUAAAGGAAGCGUUUGUGAGAGACUGAAGAUGCUUCAGCAGAUACUCACUGACAUGUUCAUCGAUCCCGACCUGCUCUCCGAGCUGAAUGAAGAGCAGAAACACGUGCUGUUCUUUAAGAUGAGAGAAGAACAGAUCAGAAGAUGGAGAGAAAGAGAAGCGAGACUGGAGAAGGAGGAAGCUGCACGUGUGAAAGUGAAAAAAGUUUCAGGUAAGAGUGUGUCGUUUCUGAAGGGUCUGGACGAUGACGUUUGGGUUUGGGUGAUGGGAGAACAUUCAGCUGAUAAAGCGUACGAUCAGAUCUGUGAUGAGAUUCUGGCGGAGAGCGCGGCGCUGCAGGCACAGAGAGAAGCCCAACACAUCAGGGCUAAGAAAGAGGCGGAGCUGGAGAAACGCUUCUCGGGGGUUUAUCUGGACUCGGACCAGACUGUGACGGAGCAGAAGAACAUCACAGACGCAUGUGCUGAAGAACAGAGACGAGCCGAGGAGGAACUCAAGACGCGGGAGGCGGAGGAGAGACGUCGAGCUGAAGAAGAGCUCCGGCGGCUGGAGCUGGAGAGGAAACAGCAGAUUUAUAUGAGUCUGAAGGAGGUGCAGAAGAAGAAACAGACUCGUGAAGACGAGGACAGCGACUGGAAGCAGACACUGAAGAAGUCCAAAGCUGCAGACAUGCGCAGACGCUCUCUGGCCAAACAGACGGUUGAGGAUCACCGCAGACGUUCGGUCAAAGCUCUGGAGAGAGGACGAGUCGCGGCCGUGACAAAAGCCUUCAGCGGAGGAACCCCAAACCCAACCCCUCCACCAAAACCCAAACCCAGAAACAACCCCGCCCAACUGAAGCCAGGAAUCCGUCGCUCAUUGUCAGCGUCUGGUCGAGAACACAUCAUCCGCUGGUUUCAGGAGGAGCAGUUACCCCUCAAGGCCGGUUUUCAACAGGACCACAGCCGCAUCGCCCCCUGGUUUCACGGUAUCAUAUCACGGGACGAGGCGGAGGCGCUGUUGAACGAGGGUCAGCCCGGUCACUUUCUGGUGCGGCUCAGUGAGAGAGUGUUCGGGUAUGUGCUCUCGUACCGCUCCGGUGAGGGAAUCAAACAUCUGCUCAUUGAUGCUUCAGAGAACUGCUACAUGCUGCUGGGAGAUCAGAUGAAGUUCACGUCACUGGAUGAGCUGGUGGAAUAUCAUCAGGUGGAGCCGCUGCCCCCGUCUGGAGAUGAAUAUUUACUGCACGCCUGCGGACAGAGAGCCGGGUCUGUAGACUACACAGAUUUAUUCACCUGAACACAUCACACACACACGGACAGAUGAAGGAUCUUCUGCUUUGAUACUGUAAACACACAGAGACAUCACUGAAGAAAUCACACACAUCAUGUACUCGUGUGCAUAGCUACAUCUACAACUCUGGUGUUAGCACAUUUCUAAAUUCAAUGUUUGUGCACGUUUAUUUUUCAUCUCUUAACAUAUUUGUGUACUGUGACAGUUCUUGAUCACUUCAUGAAACAGCGCCUGAUGCCUAUAAACACUCCUGAUGUGUGAUCCACUGAACAAAUGAUCAUCUCUGUAACCACAUCACACUUUUAUGAAGUUUGGUUGUUAUAUGAGAAAUUUUCCAGUUUCAUUUUGUUUAUUUGUACAAUAACAACCCGGUGAGUAGAAAUCAAUAAAAAUAUGCUGUAUUCUUCACGCAUCAGUCAAAAUGACAAUAAAAACGAUUCUGUAAUACAAUAAUCACAAUUGACUUAUUUAAUAUAUUAAAAUCAUUGAUCAAACAGAAUAUUAUUACAAAUUAAAAAUGACUCUUUGCAAACUCAAAAA